UUUAUAAAUAAAUGAUUUGAAAUGUAUAGUUAUAUUUCCAUAUAAACCAGUGCAAUUAGGUUUACCUUUAUCGGUCAAUGUUGCUUGCAAGUAACAAUAGAACCUAUACUUUAUCUCGCAAUGUUGCUUGCAAGCAACUAAUUCUAAAGUCAUUUUCCCAGGUUAUUUUUCAACUUUUAUAAUAUCUUAUGUCAUCUAUAAAUCAUAACUGAUAACCUAUGACAAUAUUAGAUUAUUUCAA